AUGGCCGUCUCCACGCAUCCACUACUGGUUAGCCUUUCAUUGGCUGUGCUCCUGGGUUCAAACUCUCUUGGUGGACGGAACUCUUGGCUCUCAGGUCAGGCUUUGGCCCAGGUCUCUACCAACAACGAGACAACAGAGCCCAAUGUGGUACCAGAGGCUGCACUGGCAACGCCCACACCAGAGUCAGAAGACAAAACAGUUGAAACUGCCGGUAACCGUUGCUGGGGUUACUAUGAUGUCAUGGGCCAGUGGGACCCGCCUUUUAACUGUAACGCAGGUAUCUAUUUGUUCUGCUGUGGUUCCUGCUUCUACCGAUUCUGCUGCCAGUUCAAAAUCCACAGUUUGGACCAGACUUCCUGUUCCAACUACGACACACCUGUUUGGGCCAACACUGGGAAACCAGCAGCGCCCGUCACAGAGGUCCAUGAGGAACCAGAUCGCGAUCGGACCCACAUGAUCGUGUAUAUUAUCUGUGGAGUGGUGGCCAUCAUGGUGUUGGUCGGGAUUUUCACCAAACUUGGGCUGGAGAAGAGUCAAGGAGGACAGACGGACAUGACCAACUCCAGGACUCUGACAGAGCUUCUGAAGCAGCCAGGGGAAGCAGGAGUGGUGGAUGGGACCGGGGUUCAUCAUCCAAUAGGGACCAACGGCAUCUCGGCCAGGGCACUACGCUCCAACAAUGAUCAUAACCAUUUGAACAAUGCAGCCUUGUCUCCCCUGGGUCCUGCUAUGGCCUUGUCUCACCCUCAUAACAACCUGGGAAUUGGCUUCAACAAGUACACCUCGCUCAAGGCAGUGGACACGACUCCAAGAGACUUCUACAAGAGCUAUCCAAUGGUAGACUACACCCACCGCCAGUCACCACCCACUUUCCAGCCAAUCAACUUCCACCCAAAGGACAAGCCCUUCCUCCCGCCACCCGACAUCCAUGCGCCACUGGCCAUCACCAUUAACGCGUCCCAGAUCCCCAAACCUAAGAUCUCCAAAACCAACACCCAUCCCCUCACAUCCAGUUCAGCCUUCAAGGCGUGGGACCCCAGCAAGAGCCACAUCCAGCACCCUGCAGCCACCCACAUGGGCCUCCAGCAUCAGCAGCAUCAGCAGCAUCAGCAGCAUCAGCAGCACCAACAGCACCAACAGCACCAACAGCAGCAGCACCAGCAGCUGCACCAGCAGAACAGCCGGCGCCAGGCCUACUCCAACAAGAGGCAGUUCAGCAUCGAGACACUGCCCGAGCUAUUCUCACAGCCGCUGGGCUACGGUCACUCGCCGCACAUGCACCCAAAGCACAAGGGACUUCCAACCAACAGCAAGACAGAAGUCACUGUCUGA